AUGGCAGCUCAGCCAGGAGCUGCCCGCAGCCAGUCACGCCCCGGGGUGGAUCCCAGUGCAGACCACGCCGACAACGCCAAUCUCGCGUCGGGCACGCCCUGGACCCGGAAGCGGAAGCACAAGUACCGGUUCGUGGCCCGCGACUGGUGUCGCCCUUACUGGCCGACCUGGCCCCGCGUCUCUUCGGUGACCCGGACUAAGCGUGGGGAGGGCGGUCCUGGGGACUCGGUGGUCUUUGAGGAAGUGGCCGUGAACUUUACCCCAGAGGAGUGGGCUUUGCUGGAUCAUGCUCAGAGGAACCUCUACCGAGAUGUGAUGCUGGAGACCUUCAGAAACCUGGCCUCCUUGGAUUGUUGCAUUUAUGUUAGAACCAAUGGAUCAAGUCCUCGGCAGGAUAUUUUUGGGAGUGAAGUAUCCAAUGGUGCGAAAAUUGUAAAAUUCACAAGAAAUGAUUCCUGGUCUAUUUUUGGAGAAAACUGGAGAUUUGAUAACAUUGAAGAUCAGCACCAAAUCCCAGAGAGGCAUUUGAGAAGCCAGUUGGUGGAGAGCCUCUGUGAAAGUAGCGAAAGUCAUAAAUGUGGAGAAACCUUGAGCCAGAUUGAGAACUUGAUUGUGCACAAGAGUUACCCUAUGGAAGUUAGGCCCAGUGAAUGUACUAAAUGUGGCAAAGCCUUCAAGAAUCAGCAAAAGUCUCACACUGGACAGAGACCGUAUCACUGUGAGGCGUGUGGGCAAGUCUGUGGUUGUCUUUUGUGCCGAAGCCCUCAUGUGGAAACUCUCAUUGUGGAGAAACCCUAUAAACGCCAGGACUCUGGGAGAGCAUCUACGAAAAAUGGGAAAAAUGUCAGCAGUAAAAAAUCUUUCGAAUGUAAGAAAUGUGGAAAGGCUUUCACUUGUCCCUCUUCUUUUAGGGGACAUGUGAGAGGUCACUGUGGACAGAAAACACACGCAUGUAAAGUAUGUGGGAAAACGUUCAUGUAUCACUCCUACCUUACACGACACGUAAGAACUCAUACUGGAGAGAAACCUUAUGAAUGUAAGGAGUGUGGGAAGGCCUUCAGUUGUCCCUCGUACUUUCAAGAACACGUUAGAACACACACUGGAGAGAAACCAUAUGAAUGUAAGCACUGCGGAAAAACAUUCAAUUGUUACUCAUCUUUUAGGGAUCACGUGAGAACGCACACCGGAGAGAAACCCUAUCAAUGUAAACAUUGCGGAAAAGCCUUCACUUGUUACUCAUCUCUUCGAGAACAUGGGAGAACACACAGUGGAGAGAAACCCUACGCAUGUAAGCAAUGUGGCAAAACCUUCAGGUAUCCCUCAUCCCUGCGGGCACACGGGAGGAUGCACACUGGAGAGAAACCUUACACGUGUAAGCAGUGUGGGAAAGCCUUUGGUUGCGCCACUUACCUUAGAAGACACGUGAAAACACACAGUGGAGUGAAACCCUAUGAAUGUAAGGAGUGUGGGAAGGCCUACAGGUUUUCCUCAUCCCUUCGAAUACACGUGAGAACGCACACUGGAGAGAAACCCUUUGAAUGUAAGCAUUGUGGGAAAGCCUUCGGUUGUCACUCCUCCCUUCAAGAACACGUGAAAACACAUAGUGGAGAGAAACCUUACGAAUGCAAGCAAUGCGGGAAGGCCUUUAGCCAUUCUCAGUAUUUUAAAAAACACGUGAGAUCGCACAGUGGAGUAAAACCCUAUGAAUGUACCGAAUGUGGGAAAGCGUACAGUUGUUCCUCAUCCCUUCGCGUGCAUGUGAGAACGCACACUGGCGAGAGACCGUAUGAAUGCAAGCACUGUGGGAAAGCCUUCAGGUAUCUUUCGUCCCUUCAAGCACAUGUGAGAACACAUACUGGAGAGUAACUCUAAGAAUACAAUGAAUGUGUGGAAGUGUUCAUUCAACCGUAAA